CUUUAAUGAAUGUACGCAUGCGUUGCAUAUUUUUGACAGCGAUGGCGGACGAAAUUCCAAACAUUGCAUGAACGAUCAGGACUUCGAUUUGUUUUGAAAUCAGCAGAGGUAGAAAAAGAAUACAGUACAACAACAACCCUCUCCAAAAAUGUCUAAGUUGAAGCCGAGCUCUAAUGCGGAGUGUGUGAAGGUAGUGGUGAGAUGCAGACCUUUGGAUGAGAAGGAAAUUAGGGAUGGACAUGAACGAAUUGUGGAUAUGGACGUUAGUAAAGGAUCCAUUGUUAUCCAUAAUCCAAAGGGAUCGAACUCUGAACCUCCCCGAACUUUCACCUUUGAUGCCGUGUAUGAUUGGAAUUCCAAACAGAGAGAUUUAUACGAUGAAACCUUCAGAGACCUGGUACAGUCUGUGAUUGAGGGAUUUAAUGGAACAAUCUUUGCCUACGGACAAACAGGCACAGGCAAAACAUUCACAAUGCAGGGUCCAAAGAAUGACCCUGAGUUACGAGGGGUUAUACCAAAUUCCUUUGAACAUAUUUUUCAACACAUUGCCAGGACCCAAAAUCAACAAUACUUGAUCAGGGCUUCAUAUCUGGAGAUUUAUCAGGAAGAGAUAAGAGACUUGUUAGCCAAAGAUCACAAGAAACGACUGGAGCUUAAAGAGCGCCCUGACACAGGAGUUUACGUAAAGGAUCUCUCUUCAUUUGUUACCAAAAGUGUGAAGGAAAUAGAACAUGUGAUGAAUGUCGGGAACCAGAAUAGAGCUGUGGGAGCCACAGACAUGAAUGAACACAGCUCCAGAUCUCAUGCCAUUUUCAUCAUCACCAUAGAAUGCAGCACGGAGGAUGAGGAAGGGGAGAACCACAUUCGGGUCGGGCGUCUGAAUCUGGUGGAUCUGGCAGGAAGUGAAAGGCAAUCCAAAACUGGAGCCACUGGUACAAGACUUAAGGAAGCUACGAAGAUUAACCUUUCCCUCUCAGCUUUGUGCAAUGUCAUUUCUGCCUUGGUGGAUGGUAAAAGUACUCACAUUCCGUACAGAGAUGCCAAACUGACCCGACUUCUACAAGAUUCCUUGGGAGGCAAUGCUAAAACUGUGAUGGUGGCUAACAUUGGUCCGGCCAGUUAUAACUAUGACGAGUCACUCAGCACAUUAAGGUAUGCAAAUCGAGCAAAGGCAAUCAAGAACAAACCAAAGAUCAAUGAAGAUCCAAAAGAUGCCCUGCUUAGAGAGUUUCAGGAGGAAAUCGCAAGGUUGAAGGCCAAUUUGCAGAAGAAGGGAGGACCAAGAAAAGGGAAGCAUGGUAAAAAGAAGAGAAGACACAGACAGACUGCUGACGGGGAGAUAAUCAGUGAAUCUGAGGAAGAAUCCGGUGAUGAGGAGGAGGGGGAUGAAGGGGAUGAAGAAGCCUACAUGAAGGAACAGCAGGAGAAGUUAGAGAAGCAGAAGGAGGCCAUCCUCAGUAACCAGACCAUGUUACAGGAGGAAAAAGAUCGUUUAAUUGAAGAAGUGCAUGAUAGAGAAGAAAAGCUGAAUUCUGAGAAGCAAGCCAGAGAUGCUUUAGCUUCUAAAAUAAAGGCCAUGGAAAGCAAACUUUUGAUGGGAGGGAAGAAUAUUGUGGACCACACUAAUGAACAGCAGAGGGCGCUGGAACAGAGGAGACGAGAAAUCUCCGACCAGAAGAAAAGGGAAAGAGAAAUUCAACAGAAAUUGGAGGAGAGAGAAGAGAAGGCAAUAGAAAUGGAGGAAGGAUUCCAGUCCUUACAACAGGAAGUGGAAAUCAAAACCAAGAAAUUAAAAAAGCUGUUUGCUAAGCUACAAGCUACAAAACAAGAAAUAGCUGAUAUACAGGAAGAACAUUCCAAAGAGAGGCAGGAACUGGAACAGACUCAGAUGGAGCUAACAAGGGAUCUCAAACUCAAGAUGCUGAUCAUUGAGAAUUUUAUCCCUCCUGAGGAGAAGAUUAAGUUACAGAACCGAGCUCGGUACAAUGAGGACGAAGACCAAUGGGAGCUGAUUCCUCUGGCCAACAAAAGUGCACAGACCAUGGCCAAGCGCCCGGUGUCGGCCCUGGGUAAUAAACGACCAGUGUCUGAGUAUGCCAGAGUGGCGGGGGCCAUGGGAGGUCACCCAAGGUUUAAGGGAGAGAACAUUAUCCUGAUUGAUCUGGACAUGCCGAACCGUACGACGAGAGAUUACGAUGGACCACAGGUGGCACCAAAGAUUCAGGCGGCGCUGGAUGCGGCCCUGAUGGAUGAAGAAGACAUCGAUAUUGAGGGAGGAACUCCCUCUGUGUUUAGCAAUAAGAAAUCUAAGAAGAAGGAAUCUAGGAUUGCAAAGUUAAAACAGACGAAGAAGGACCAGAGUCAGAUUUUCCCCACGGCCCGAGGCUUGGUGUCAAAGUGACCCUCGAACCAUGAUUAGAUCUACCUCGUCUUUCUCUUCCUGGAAACUGUCUCUUCUGGUGAUUAUAAUACAACAAUACGUUGGAGCAAUUACAAAACAACAAUUCAUAGGAGUGAUUAUAAAACAACAAUUCAUAGGAGUGAUUAUAAAACAACAAUUCAUAGGAGUGAUUAUAAAACAACAAUUCAUAGGAGCAUAGGAGGGCAUUUCACUUAGUGACAACUGAAAAGGUUUAUUUAAAAAUUAAGGCAAAUGGUUCGGAAGUUUGAUUUAAAGCCUAUUAAUGUUUGAGUUGUUAGCUUGAUGGCAGCACUGUCUGUGAUAUUGUAUAGCAAGUUACUUAAUGUCAUUUUUAAAGCUAUUGAUAUAGCAGUGCUAACAAGAUUCAAUGAAGAAAUCCUUUAUUUUGAUGCAUAUCCGUCUUUCUCUUUAAAAUUACAUACUGUAAAAUCACAUAUUUUUGAGGGGUCAAAUUUUCGUAGUUUGAGAAAAAGCUCUUGGUUUGUUGGGAUUUGAAUUCGUGGAUGAAGAAUUGUUGAGUAGUUAUGUAUGUAACAUUUCACUUUUCGUGUUGGUCGUGAAUUCGUGGGUCUCUGCAUACCUCAGAAACAAUGAAAAUUUAACCCCAACGAAAAUUUGUGAUUUCACAGUACAUGUUAAGUGUAUCAAAUUUGUGAUAGAUGUAAUAAUUUACGAGUCACUGUAUUAAAUUAUCCAGUUUUAUAUGUACCUUUUUUCUACUAGUUUAUCAGUAUUUCUGUUGUAAGUUUUGGUAAUAAUGCCGUCCAAUACAUUUACCUUUUAGUUUAUAUGUAUAAUAUACAUAUUUUUUUUCUGUGAUUUUAUUAUAGUAUGUAUUCUAUGUUUUAUCUCCAUUGAGCUCUUGGCUUAUAAGUCAUAAUUCAGGUACCUGUGUAAUGUACAUGUCUUAAACUAAAAUACUAUCCUCUCUAACAAUAGUCUGAAGGAUGAUAAACUGUUAAUGAGUUUGAUUGACAAAGCUUUAGAGUAUCACCUUCUAAGGUUACACUCUCAGGCUGGCAAUUUAUUCUAAACCAUGUUAAAUAGAUCUGAGUUUUUUUUUUUUUAUCUGGAAACAUUUAGGAUGAGAAAAUAUGUAAAAAUGAUUACAAUGUUUGUUAUUUAUUUUGCAAGGUUGUUUUCUGAUUUGAUUGGCUUUAAGUUCACUUCUACAUGUUUCUACAUGAUAUGUAAAUACUUGGGACAAUUUGUAACCAUUGAUAUGAGUUUUUAAGCUGCAGUCUGUAUAAAUUCACCCUCAGGUGAGAAUCCUUGAGAUCUGUUGUCGAGUUCCCUUCCUUGAAUAAGUGAGAUUUUGUGUCAGUAGUUUGUAUGCGAGAUGGGAAACAUGGACACUUUCAUUAUUAAUUGUAUUUGCUAUAUAAUGAAGAUAGAAUAAGAUUGUUGUCUAAUUUAUGCAUUUUAUACAAUUCCUGUCUGUUGGCUUUUAAAGUUGAUCUUUGUGAAUAAGCAAUGCUGGUUGUGACCAUUACUUAUUAAAUUCCAUGAACAAUU